AUGCUUCGCCGCCUGAGCCUGUUCUGUCUUGUCGAUGGCGAAUCGACCCCGUUCCCCAUCGAGAUUGAGUCAACCAAGACAAUUGGUGACCUCAAAGACUUGGUCAAAGCUGCUCUUUCUCCUCAGUUUGACGAUAUUACUGCAAAGGACCUCACCAUCUGGUCUGUUUCGAUUCCUGUCUCCGAUGACGACGACGACGAGAUCCCCAUUGUGCUUGACAACGUCAACAGCAAGGACAAUAAACUCAGAGCGAUGCGUGGCCUGUUGGAAGUCUUUCCAGACAAGCCGCCCAAAAAUACCAUUCAUAUCAUCGUUCAGCGCCCUCCUCAAGCGUGGCGUCGCGGAUUCGGAAAACCGCAAGAAACGCGACCGAGUCUGCUGUUCAUGGACCUUCGCGACCCAUCUACACCUGACUCGACAUCAAGGAAUCUCGCGGCUGGAUCUAUUCUCAAGCUUGUGAAGGAUAAUAAUCGCUGUGGCAAGACGCGCGCUGUGAUCGAGCUCCUGUCUCAGCACUGGAGGUUCUACUUCAACGCUGCCGAUAACGACUGA